CAGCUUCUUUCCGGAGAGCACCGUCUUCAUGAUCACAGCAAGCUUUUCCGCCACUUCCUCGCUCUCUGGCGACGUCAUGGUCAGUUCGCGCUAUGAUUGGCUCUAAUUUCGUCCCGGGACCCUUCCAGACUUGAGUCCCUGAAGAACAAGCGGCAGGACGGAAGAGUAGCGGCUGGUGUAUUGUUGCUGGCUGGGAGAUUGUGUUUAGUAAAUCAGUAGUGUGGUGCGAUGGGUCGUGGUGAGGAAGAUGGAGAGAGUGGAAGUCGUGAUGCUAAGCGGAGACGCAAGAAUGAAGGCGAGGGAGCCAAGAAGAACAGUGGCGGGACAGAGGGAGACUCCCGCACCGCCGCUAAGGAGAAGACAGUAGUGGGGGACACUUUUCAGGCCAGUUUAGAGCAUGAAGCGUCUGAAGCACACAGCCGGACAGAGGAGGAGGAUCAACGUCUUGUGGCCUCCAUCAUCAGUCAUGUUCGAACAACAAUGAAGGAGAUCCUCAAGCUGAAGCAAGAUCGUCCAGAGCAGUGGAGCAGUGAGGUAGAGGAACGCAGGACUCAGGUGCUGAUGCUGAUGUUGUCACUGCGUCGCCUCAGCCGAGUACAAAAGGUGAGGGUGAGGGAUGCCAGGGAGAGGACUGCUGAAGCACGCCAAGGGGUCGAUGGAGUAACACUGCAGCUACAGAACCUUCUGUAUGAAGUGGCCCACUUGAAAAAGGAAGUUCGCCGCUGCCUUGACUUCCAAUCUGCUGACCAGGAGAUUGACUUGGUGCCAGUGGAGCAGUUUUAUGUUGAGGCACCAGAGGACAUCAGUCGCCCGACAGAAACAGUGGAGAAUCUACACGAGCAGCGUCUAGCUCGACUGCAGUGGGAAUUGGUGCAGAGAAGGGACCAGACACAGCUCUUUGACAAAUUGACCAAAGAGAAAGAGGCAGUAGCUGAAGCCAUCAGUGAGCAGGAACGCAAGCUGGCUUCCCUUGCACCUCGGAUAAACACCAUCUUGGAGGCCACUCGUCCCCUGCAAGUUGCAUUAGACUUGCCCAUUGAUGCAAAGAGAGAGCAACAGAGGAUUGUUCAACUUCUCCCCAGUCCCCUCUACACUUUGUGGGUGCAGGUGUCGGCAUAUGGUGAAGCUUUUGAUUCUAGCAUUAAGGUGGAAGUUAUUGGAGACAUGGAGGCAGCCAGGAAGCUCAUCGCCAAGGAAGAGGAACCUCGUGCUGACAUUUACUCUGAGUCGGACAAUGAACAAGACCAGCAAGAGGAAAACCUUUCACGCAAGAAACGCUCUCACAAGACCCAGAAAAUGGAUGCAGAUGACCUAGAUGAUGGAGUGCGACAGACUCUAGGUCUGCACCCUCUCAAUGUCAAGGUCACUGUUAACACCAAAGAGGGCAACAGUGUGGUGGUCUCUUUCCAUUACAUGCAGGUUCUGCGCAUCAUCACUGCCAAGUGUACAGUGCUAUUACAGGAAAACCUCAAAGCUACUCUUACGGAUGUAAUUAGUGGAGACACACUUCUCAGCUGUCUCUUCCCUGAGGAUGAUGGUCACACGUCACCCAACCCAGCCAACUUUUUCCAAUUGAACCACAUCCACAUCAAUCUGUCAGACCACUUAGCCACAACAGGCCGCCCUUACAAGUGGGCUCAGCAUUUGGCUGGGCUUUCUUUCUCCAGCUACCAGCAACCCAGUAUGACUGAGGACUCCCAGGAAGUGUCAGCUGUGAGUCCUGCUCCAGAUUCUUCCCCAGGAGAGGGAGAAGUAGUUGCCUGGCAGGAGAGUGCUGAGCAGGUGCCAAUCAUUAUCCAAGCCAUCAGGAGGCGGCUGCAGGCCAGAUUGGCUCUUCAUACACAGCUGGUCAACUUGGAAACAGCAAACUCAACAAACUGCAUCGCCAUCCCUGGAGAACUUCUGCGGCACCACUUCCCGGGCAAAGUGUGCUCUGAGCUAAGGUCAUGGCGACCUAUCACUUGGGCAGAUUAUGAAGCCUCACCAGCUACACAGCAUUUUCGGGAGGCUCAGCUUGUUACUUCACAGCAUCUAUUUUUCCUGGCAGUACUGGAGCGUAAACAAGUGGUGCUUGAAGCCCAAGUAGCAGUGGCACCAGACCAUCCUAGCACUGUUCCUGUGGUGGCCUUAGCACUGCGCUGGGAGGGGCUUCACCAUGCUGAUGACAUUCCACAGCUAAGACAAAUGGAAAAAGAGAUCAACGUACACUGGGACGAGCUGGUGUCUUGCCGUAGUGACCGUCUCCAGCUAUUGCCACUGUUGCUGUAUCGCCUGGCUGUGUGUCUGGAUGUGUUCACCGAGGCUUCUAGUGCCCACAGUGAUCCCAACAACCCAGGUUCACACUUUCACAAGGAAAAGAUUUUCUUCAGACCCGCCAGAGGUCCAGACCGAGCAUUUCCAUUCAAGUAUCACCCAAAACUUGGAGUGUUCUCUCAACGAUAGAGGCACAAGCUUCUGUCAAGCUCAACAUUUACCUAACAACUAGAUUCAUUAAUCUUGUAUGCAGUUUAACACCAGAAGAGUUUUUAAUGUAUUUCCUUUCAGUGAAUAAUAUUGGCUCUAAAUGAAAAUUAA